UUAUGAAGCUGGUUCUAACAAUGCGGUGCAUUUCAUGCGCAGCCUCAGCGAUGCAUCAGGAGUAUGCGGCGGCAGCAGGGCAUGCGACUCGAUGACAGAUACGUUCCGUACUUGCAGAUGGCCGGACUAUACCAUCUUGCAAGGCUGAACGAUAGAUGGUUCUGUUUAGACGAGGCCCUUGUUAGUGCAUUUGUCGAGCGAUGGCGUCCGGAGACGCACACGUUUCAUAUGCCGUUCGGAGAGUGCACGAUCACACUCCAGGACGUGGCAUACCAGUUGGGUUUGCCAGUGGACGGGCGUUACGUGAGCGGCUGCCUAUCAGAAUUCCAGAUAUACAUCCAGGGUGGCCGUCCAGCCUGGGUGUGGUUCCAGGAGUUGCUUGGAGUGAUUCCUCCUCCCAGCCAGGUUCAGAAGUACGCAGUGAACUGCAGCUGGUUCCAGGAGACUUUUGGUGAGUGCCCUGAGGGAGCCGAUGACGAGACUGUGCAGCGAUAUGCCCGUGCGUACAUCAUGAUGUUGUUGGGUACGCAGCUGUUUGCGGACAAGUCCGGCAACCGCAUUCACAUCAGAUGGCUUCCCUACGUAGCUAGGCUGGAGGAGAUGGGUACCUACAGCUGGGGUUCUGCAGCACUGGCAUGGUUGUACCGGUGCAUGUGCCGAGUGGCGAAUAGACAUGUGGUCAAGUUAGCGGGCCCACUUCAGCUACUUCAGUCUUGGAUCUUCUGGCGAUUUUCUCGGUUUAGGCCUGCAUGGUAUGAGACGUUCAGCUAGCCAUUGGCCUCGAGGUGGUCCGGUUACAACCCUUCCGGUAGUGAGAAGGGUCCUAGAGUGCAGAUGUGGAGGCUAAGGAUAGACCGGUUACAGGACAGGGAGGUGAGUACGCUACUUAAUAAGUUUCUCUAUUUAACCACACUUUAUGAGUUGGGUCCAUGAGUUGCCCUGACAAUGGAGAGUUCUCCGUGCAGUUUAUUUGGAUGCCGUACAGCAGCCCCGACGUACUUCAGGUUGUGCAUCUAGAGGCUUUGGAGCCUCGGCAUAUGGCGUUGUGGCGGUCUGUGACGUCGUUGAUCUACUUUGCCGUCAUAGAGUGGCAUUAGAUAGAUAGGGUUCUUCCGCAGUUCGGAGGGGUGCAGCCCCGUCCGAAUCCCGCCCUGAACAUCGACUUUCU